AACAACCGCGCCCCUGCAUCUUCCACUCUUGCGCCUAUUGUACCCAUAGACGACCAAAAGGUAAAAUACCCUCUUUGAAUAGCUGACAUAGACUCUAUAGACCAUUUUACAAAAUACCCCUACAUCUUCUCUUCCGAAAUACAAUCAUAAUCAAUACCAUAUAAACACAAUGGCAUCCAACAACACGAACGCAGAUUCAUCUGUGCAAUUCUGGAAGAAAAGCCUCGCGAGCAUGGAGAUCAGCCGUCUCUCCCACCUCGUUCAUGCGUACGAGGGAGAAGCACAGUGGAGCAGUUGUACGGUGAACGCCGGGAUCAAGCUGCAGACACUGAAUGCGCUCGUUCAUUCGCAGCGCACCUCGCUGCUGGUGAUCCUGCAGACCGCGUGGGCAGCGGUCCUGGGUCGAUUCCUGGGCACAGACACGGUCACGUUCGUGAGCAUUCUGCAAAACGGCGCAUCCGUGAAGAAUGGCAUUUGCGGGGCAAGCUGGACGCGAAGCUCCACCACGGUGCACGAGCUGUUGAAUCAGCUUGGCCGGUGGCAGGAGACGUCUUUGUUGCACCAGGACAUGUCGUUGCAGGAGAUUGAGAGCCUGUCGAAUGUGGUUCCUGACACUGGUGUGAGAGUGAACUAUGUCGGCGGGCGCAGUGAAUCUCUGUCUGUCACGCGUGACAAGCAUGUUAUCGAAGUCGUAGCGCAAGUGAGCUUGGAAUCAAUCGAGGUUGCUCUUGAAUACAAUGCUUCUGCUCUGUCUACGAGCCAAGUCCAAAGCAUUGCAGGAUCACUUGAGAAGGCUCUGCAGGCGGCCACUGAUCAAGGCCCCACCCCCGUCUCUCACCUCGACCUUUGCAGUGAAAAAGACCGAGAGCAAAUUCUCAAGUGGAAUGCGGACAUGCCAGUGACCAUCAACGAAUGUGUCCAUACGUGGAUUGAGCGCAAGGCGCUCGAACAACCCCAUGCGCCGGCGGCUGCCGGCUUCGGCGGGGAUUUGACCUACCAGCAAUUAAACACUCAGGCGGACCAUCUGGCCGCAUACCUCCAGGGAUUGGGAGUUGGCCCCAAUUCCUAUGUAGCCCUCUGCUUUGACAAGUCGACCCUGCCGAUUGUGGCCAUGCUGGCCGUACUCAAAGCCGGCGGCGCCUACGUCGCUCUCGCCCCCCAACACCCUGUCAAUCGCCAAACGGUCAUUCUUAACAGGAUUGACGCUCAAGUAGUGUUGGCAGGACCUGCCUACGUCAGCACUUUCUCUGGCCUUGUGAAGCAUUCCGUCGCUGUCACAACAGAAUUGAUCAGCGAGCUUGCGGCAGAGGGUCGCGCACAAGCCCUGAUUCGUUUUGCUCAGCCCGAAUGCCCGGCUGUUGUAGUUUUUACUUCGGGUAGUACGGGAGAACCCAAGGGUAUUGUGGUGGAGCACCGUGCCCUGAUCUCGAGUAUGAUCCACCAUGCCGUGAUCAUGCGUCUCAGUAGCUCCACCAGGGCUCUCCAGUUCGCGACCUUUACCUUCGAUUUGAGUGUGGGAGAAAUCUUCAACACUCUGGUCCACGGAGGAUGUGUUUGUGUGCCUUCGGAGGAGGAACGAAUGGACGACCUCGAAGGCUUCAUCCGUCGGUUGGAAGUGAAUUGGGCACUUCUGACACCCACCGUUCAGAACAUGCUUACUCCCGCCAACGUCCCCUGCCUGAAGACCAUAUCGACGGCAGGUGAAGCCCAGAAGCAAGAAAUCAUCGAAGCCUGGGCCGAUCAUGUUCAACUCAACAACAUGUACGGGCCGGCGGAAACUACGAUUCUUUGCGCUGGUCGUCCCAGCUUGAAGCCGCACACUCCGGCUCCCAAUAUUGGUCUGGCUCUCGGAGCCCUACAGUGGAUCACGGAUCCCAUGGAUCCCAACGUACUGUGCCCUGUGGGCGCUAUCGGCGAAGUGCUGAUCGAAGGACCAGGUCUGGCUCGGGGCUAUCUCAAAGAUGAGGCGAAGACAAGUGCGGCCUUCAUUGAGAAUCCGAGCUGGGUGCCAGAUACCAACCCUUCUCGCCGCUUCUACCGCUCCGCCGAUCUGGGCUACCUCAGCCAAGACGGAACCUUCAAUAUUGUUGGUCGCAGAGAUACGCAGGUCAAGAUAAACGGUCAACGACUCGAACUCGGCGAGAUCGAAUUCCAUCUCAAGAACCUCUGCUCUGGUUGGCAAGCGGCAGUGGCUGAAGUGAUCAAGCCUAAAGUGCAGAGCGAACAACCAACGCUCGCAGCGUUUAUCCAUUUUGAGGAUGAAGCUCAGACUGAAACCUCACUCCUCGGCCGUAUGUCUGAAGAGCGGCGCAAGCAACUCUGCCAGCUCAAAGAGGACCUCUCUCUUCACCUCCCCUCCUACAUGAUCCCCUCGGUGUUCGUUCCCAUGGCUCAAAUGCCGACCACGAUCAACGGUAAGCUCGAUCGACGAAGCUUGCGAGACCUGGCUGCGGACCUUUCCGCUGAGACGCUUAUCUCAUUUUCUCUUGCAAGUGCAAAUACCGUGAAGCGCGAGCCUACCACAGCAGCCGAGAAGACGAUUGUCAACAUCUGGGUUCAAGUAUUGAAGAUUUCAUAUGAAACCAUCGGUCUUGAUGACAGCUUCUUUCAGCUGGGAGGUGAUUCGAUCGCAGCCAUGAAACUGUCUGCUGUCGCUCGGUCCGCAGGAUUGAGCCUCACCGUGUCAAAAAUCUUCCGUCAUCCUACUUUGGAAGGAAUGUCGAGGGUUGCCGAGGAGCUCCAGGAGAGUGCAAAUGAAGUAAUCAGACCAUUCGCUCUGGUUCAUGUCGCUGAUAUCUCCAUCUUUAUGGAUGAGCUCAGUUCCAAGUGGGGCCUAGAGCGUUCGGACAUUGAGGAUGCAUACCCUGCAACUGCUCUGCAAGAAGGCCUCAUGGCUAUCACCCAAGGAGAGCCGGGAACAUACAUCUAUCAGAACGUAUAUAAGCUGCCAGCUGAGAUCGAUUUGGCAAGAUUCCGUGCCGCCUGGGAAUCUGUCGUCAACACCACAGAGAUUCUUCGAACGACUAUUGUUCCUACGGACAGUGCUGGCACAUACCAGGUUGUCACUAAGUCCUCUAUUGACUGGAAAUACCCGACCAAUGUCGAAAAGUACUUGGCAGCAGAUGCACAGCAAACAAUGCAAUACGGUGAUUCUCUGGCCCGGUACGCUCUGAUCCCUGGCAUUAAAGGCGCGACAUUUGUGUGGACUGCUCACCAUGCACUGUAUGACGGAUGGUCUUUGCCCCUCCUCUGGAAGCGGGUGAAAGAGGCGUACAAGGGCAAUGGUCUGUCGCAACCGCACGUGGCCCCUUUCAACCGCUUCAUUGCCCAUCUCGAGGACAUGAAUGCAGGCGCCACGAAGGAUUUCUGGAAGUCCUAUCUGUCCUCGUCCAAUCCCCCCAAGUUCCCACAGUUGCCUUCUCAGACAUAUCAACCACGAGUUAACAGUAUUCACCACCAUGAGUUCGGACUCAAGGGCAGCAGCGCGUCGGGUGUCACAGCUUCGACGUUGAUCCGAUCCGCCUGGUCCGUCCUCAUGUGUCAAUAUUCGGAUGCUGGUGAUGACGUUAUAGUUGGCGUGACUGUGGCAGGAAGGAACGUCGAUGUUCCUAGCGUCUCAGAGAUGGCUGCGCCGACGAUCACCACUGUCCCUUUUCGGGUUCAGUUUGACCGCGAUGAAACAGUGGCUGAUCUACUCAACAAAGUUCAAAGUCAGACCAUUGAGAUGAUGCCCUACGAGCAUGCUGGCUUGCAGAACAUCGCCACGAUUAACCGCGAAUGCCGCCUUGCAUGCGCCUUCCAGAACCUGCUUGUUGUUCAACCCGAGGAGGACGAGAGCAACAUCAGCUCUCUAGGCAUCCAGAAAAUCCAGUCACCGGACGUGGGAAUCUAUACCUAUGCUUUGGUCGUUCAGUGCCUGCUUCUUGGAGACAAAGUUGGCGUUCAGGUUGACUUCGAUGACCGCGUUCUGUCAUCGUGGCAGGUCGAGCGGAUCUGCUCCCAGCUCGAGCAUAUCGUUGGCGAGCUCCUCUCAAGUCCCACAGUAAAGCUCGGUGAUCUGAGUCUUGUUAGUCAGGACGACUAUACUCAGAUCAUGAGCUGGAACCAUAAACUUCCGGUCAUGGAGGAACGAUGCGUUCAUGAGAUCAUUGCUGGUCAAGUCUUGGCUACCCCCGAUGCUUCUGCCAUCUGCUCCUGGGAUGGAGAUUUCACCUAUGCUGAAGUAGAUCAACUCUCAAAUCGUUUCGCCCGUCACCUUGUGAGCCUUGGUGUUGGGCCUGAGACUUUGGUUCCUCACUGCUUCAGUAAAUCUGCCUGGACAGUCAUUGCCAUGUUAGCCAUCAUCAAGGCCGGAGGUGCUUGCGUCGCCCUGGAUCCUGGACAUCCAGUUGAUCGACUCAAAGGUAUUAUUGCCGAUGCUGGAGCAGACUUAGUUGUGACCACACCGGAGCAUGGUCAUAUGUUCAGUGGUCUUGUCAGUAAGGUCGUGGCGCUGAGUCCGGAAUGGUUCGAGUCAAAUGAUUUGGCUUCCAACAGCUUGGCGCCGCGCGCGGACCGGAAGAACCCAGUUUUCGUGCUGUUUACCUCCGGCAGUACUGGAAAGCCGAAGGGUAUCAUCAUCGAGCACGGCAUGUUUGCCUCCAGCGCGGCCGCUCACAGCAAGGCGUUCGGCAUUAAUGCCGAAUCUCGGGUUUUUCAGUUCGCUGCCCAUACUUUUGAUGUCAGCGUCGGAGAUAUCUUUACCUCACUGAUGAAGGGUGCUUGUAUUUGUAUUCCUUCAGACCUGGAGCGCAUGAACAAUGUCGCCGGGGCGAUCAACCGCAUGAAAGCCAACUAUGCAUUCUUGACCCCAACCGUGGCCAACUUGCUCCGUCCCGAGCAGGUCCCGACCCUUCGAACGCUGACCCUCGGUGGUGAAGCUCCGACAAGAGAGAAUAUCAGGACUUGGGCAGACAAUCUGAACCUGAUUCUCUGCUACGGACCGGCUGAGUGCUCCGUUUACUGCUCGGCUAACCCUCCUGCUACCCAACAAAGCAACCCGGCUAUUCUCGGACACGCCAUUGGUGCUCUUAUCUGGUUGGUUGACCCUGUUAACCAUGAUAAGCUGACGCCCGUCGGCUGUGUUGGUGAACUGGUCGUCCAAGGAGCGACGGUUGCCCGCGGGUACCUGAACGAGGCUGGAAAGACCCAGUCUGCGUUCAUUCAGGACCCAGCAUGGCUGCCUCAGACCUUUCCCAAGGAGUACCGUCGUAUUUACAAGACCGGUGACCUUGCCAGAUUCAACCAGGAUGGGUCCCUGAGCUUCGUUGCACGAAAGGAUACUCAAGCCAAGGUCCGAGGACAGCGCGUGGAAUUGGCAGAGAUUGAAGUCCACCUGUCCGAGAGCCCGGAGAUUCAACACGCGAUGGUUUCCGUUCCAGCGGCUGGCCCCUACAGGAGCCGAUUGGUUUGUAUUCUUUCCUUGCAGGAAAUCGCCCAGCGCAGUGGUGGCUCGCCUAAUAGCGAUAUCACCUUGGUCCAGGGAAGCGACAAGACGAGAGCAGCUGAAAUGACUAACAUCAUUGAGGAUCGACUUGCAGAGAAGCUGCCUCCGUACAUGGUGCCGGCUGUGUGGAUUCCUCUGAAAAAGAUUCCACUCAACCUGUCUGGAAAGAUCGACCGCAAGCUUUUGAAGGGAUGGCUCGAGGAUGUUGAUGAAGCUACCUACCAGUCUAUUGCAGCUAUGGCGACUGCCGAGACAACAGCCCAGCCUACCUCGGAUAUGGAGAGAAAAGUGCAGUCCGCGUUCAGUGCUACGCUCAACAUCCCCUUGGAAUCCGUGGGCCUCAAUACUUCCUUCCUCAGUGUUGGUGGCGAUUCCAUCUCGGCGAUGCAAGUCAUGUCUCGACUGCGAUCUCAAAAUGUUCGAGUCACGGUUCAGGAUGUCCUGAAACUUCGUACAGUUGCUGCCCUUGCUGGGCGUGCACAGUCCAUUGAACAAUCCACCGCAGAUAAUUCGGCUUUGGAGGCUGAAGUUCUUGAUGAAUGGUUUGAGCUCGCUCCCAUUCAACGACUUCUCUUCCAGAUGCAACCUCAAGGACAAAACCACUUCAACCAGAGUUUUGUUCUGAAGCUGGGCCAGGAUAUUUCCCAAGAGGAGCUCCAAAAGGCACUUCAAACCAUUGUGCUACAGCACUCUAUGCUCCGAGCCCGGUUCCAGCAUUUCGAUGGAUUUUGGCAUCAAAAGAUAACCAACGAUGUUUCGGGAUCCUUUGUUUUACUCCCUAGAGAAUCCUGCAAUCGAGAGGAAAUGAUCGCUAAGUUCCGUGAGGCGGAGACUCUCUUCGAUAUUAGCCAAGGGCCUGUCCUGACAGCACAAGUAUGUACGACUCCUGAGGCUAGCUACAUCUUCUUGGCAGCCCAUCACUUGGUUAUCGAUUUAGUCUCUUGGCGAAUCAUCUUCAACGAUCUUGAAGACGUGAUCAAGACUGGCAAAAUCAGCUCGGAGCCUACCACUUCCUUCCAGAGCUGGGUAAAGCUGCAACAUGAAUAUGUUUCCCAGAACUUUUCAGAACGGUCCACUUGGGACUUAAAAGCCCCUGUUGGAGAUUUCGACUACUGGGGAAUGCAAGGAGAAUCAAACAAUUGGGGAGACAUCACUACCGAGUGUUUCACCCUCGAUGCUAAGAGGACGUCGCUGCUUCUUGGAGACUGUAAUUUACCUCUGCGCACCGAGCCAACGGAAGUCAUGGUUGCAGCUUUGCUCCAUUCAUUCCGUCACACGUUUUCCGACCGGAAAGCCCCUGCGGUCUAUUUGGAAGGACAUGGCCGUGAGCCCUGGACGUCGGCUAUUGACCUCUCACGCACCGUGGGCUGGUUCACCACCAUGUACCCCGUCAGCUACGAGGCGUCUCAGGACAAGUGGUUCGAUGCUCUCAAGAGGCUCAAGGACAACCGCCGCCGGGUUGCCGACAAUGGUUGGCGCUACUUCACAGCCCACUCUCUGACCGAUGAGAUGCAGGAUAUGGAGAUUGUCUUCAAUUACCUUGGUCUCUACCAACAACUCCAAAAAGUUGACGCUCUUUUCCAGGAAUCUACCAUCACCGGAACUGAUUGUGUCGAGAUCAGCUCGACGAUGCGGCGCUACUCUCUUUUCGAGAUUUCCGCUGGUGUUUCCAACGGGCAGAUGCAGUUUACCUUUGAGUACAACAAGAAGAUGGGCCAUAGAGCGGGUAUCAGCUCUUGGAUCAAUCACUAUCGUCGGGUGCUCGAAGGCGGCAUUGAUGAACUGAUGGCGCAUCCGGAAAUCCUCACCCUGAGUGACUUCCCCCUUCUGUCUAUGUCAUAUGAGGGCUUGGAGAACCUGGCAGCUUCUAUCCUGCCUGAGGUUGGGGUGAAGACGAUCGACGAGGUCGAGAGCCUCUCUCUUUGCUCACCUAUGCAACUCGGUUUGCUGAUGAGUCAAUUGAAAUCCGCGGGUGACUACGAGUUCUUCACGAUCAAGAAAGCCACUGCCCGCGAGGGAGUUGAUAGUGCCAAAUUGCUUGCUGCUUGGCAACACGUCAUCGACCGCCACCCCAUGCUGAGAACCAUUUUUGUCAAAAGUGCUGCAUCCGACAGGCCUUACGACCAGCUCGUGCUUAAGAGCAUGAAGGCACAAGUGGUGGAGCUUCAUAGCAGCGACCCUGUUCAGGCUUUGCGCGCAUUGAAGCCCGUGGGAAUCGCCGAAGGAAAGGCGCCCCAUCAAGUGGCCAUCUGUCGUUCCGAAGACGGCCAGAUCUUCUUCAAACUUGAGAUCAAUCAUGUGUUGAUUGAUGGUACGUCCAUGGCUAUAAUUGAGCGCGACUUGAGGCGCGCCUACAGCGAGGAGCUAAGCAGCGCCGCUGCCCUGUCCUAUGUCGAAUACGUAACCUUCCUUCAACAGGCUAAGAAGGCAGAUUCGCUUGAGUUUUGGAAUAGUUACCUUCGAGAUGUUCAACCAUGCCAGUUUCCGAUCCUUAAUGACGGAAGGGAACAAGUUCAAGCGCUGGAAUCCAUUGAUGUGGAGUUGCCAGGCUUGACAAAAGAAGCUCUGAGUGCCUUCUCUGAGCGUUAUGGAAUCACCGUUGCCAAUGUGGUUCAGACUGCCUGGGCUCUGGUGCUCCGAACUUUCAUUGGUACAGAAAGCGUCUGUUACGGCUAUCUGACCUCCGGUCGUGAUGCUCCUCUUGAUGGCAUCGAGGAUGCCGUGGGUCCCUUCAUCAACAUGCUUGUCUGUCGCUUGGACUUUGAUCCCAAUGCGUCUGCAUUGCUCGCCCUCCAAAACAUGCAGGAUGGGUUCUUGAACGGAAUGGCCCACCAAUACGUGUCUUUGGCUGAGAUGCAGCAUGCCCUGGGCGUCACCGUGCAAGGAUUAUUCAAUACUGCGAUGUCCUUCCAGAGGUAUUCGCCCGAAGAGUCCAUGGAUUUGAAUCUCCACACUGUCUAUGACUAUGAUCCGACAGAGUUCAAUAUCACCGUCAACGUCGCCACCAGGGAGGAAGGAUUGAGGAUUGAUCUGACGUACUGGACUUCAAAGCUCUCAAGCGGUCAGGCCGUUCACAUUGCCAACACUUAUAGUACGGCCAUUAUGUCGCUUCUCUCCAACCCCGAGACUCUCCUGGCCGACGUGAAUCUGCUUAGCCCCCUGGACAAAUUAUCUUUGAGCGACUGGAACAAGCAGCUCCCCUUUGAGGUCGAUCGCUGCAUGCACGAAGUCAUUCACCAGAAUGCGGUGGAUCGCCCCAAUUCUCAUGCUCUGGAGUCAUGGGAGGCAAACUACACAUAUGAACAACUUGACAAAGCAUCUACGCGUCUUGCACGCCGUCUGAUCGCGAAGGGAGUUUCACCUGAUGAUUGCGUUCCCCUGUGCUUUGAAAAGUCUUUGUAUACGAUUGUUGCUCUCGUUGCAGUUCUCAAGGCUGGUGGGGGAUUUGUCCUCCUUGAUCCAAAACAUCCUGAUGAUCGGCUCAAGGGUCUUCUUGAAGACACCAAAGCUAGGUUUCUGAUUGUUUCUCCCCAGACUCGAGAGCGCUGUGAGAGGCUUAUUGCAGACUUGGUUGUCGUCUCACCGAGGAUGUUGGAUCAGCUUCCCGAGGAAGGCGAUGACAUCCCUGAGACAGCGGUCACCCCGGAGAACAUCAUGUAUGUUCAGUUCACAUCUGGCAGUACAGGAAAGCCUAAGGGUGCUGUCGUCCACCACAAGGCUGCCUGCUCAUCUUUUGAGCACCACGGAAAGGUGAUGAACUACGGACAUGAUUCUCGCAUUUUCCAGUUCUCAUCAUAUACCUUUGAUGCCAUUAUCCUCGAGGCUUUCACAACAUUGUACCAUGGUGGUUGUGUCUGCAUUCCCUCGGAGGAAGACCGCAUGAGUAGUAUGGUACAGUCUAUGAGGGAGAUGGAAGUCAACAAUAUGUUCAUGACUCCAACUUUGGCUCGCCUGUUUGGACCUCAGGACGUUCCCUCCCUAACCACUCUCAUGGUUGGUGGUGAACCAAUUUCCCAGGAUAACAUCAAUACAUGGAAAGAUCAUGUCAACCUCAUUGGAGGAUAUGGUCCCGCCGAAUGCUGCGUCUAUUGUUGCUACAAUCCUCUCAGCGAGACUGGAUUCAAGCCAGAGGUUAUUGGAUACCCGGUUGGUUCGGUACUGUGGAUUGUUGAUGCUGAUAACCACGACAAACUCGUUCCCAUUGGAGCCAUUGGUGAAAUCGUGGUACAUGGUCACAUUGUUGGCCGCGGCUAUUUGAACGACCCAGUCAGGACUGCGGCAAGCUACAUCUCCGGACCCAGCUGGAUGUCCGAGUACCACGCGGGUGAGCAGACGCUGUACAAAACGGGUGACUUGGGUAGAUACAAUUCCGACGGCACUUUGACUAUUGUCGGCCGUAAGGAUACCCAGGUCAAACUCAACGGACAGCGUAUCGAACUGGGAGAGGUAGAACACCAUAUCAAAACCGAGUUCCCGCAGGUUCUUCAAGUGGCAGUCGAUGCGCUCAAGCCUGAACAUGGUAGUGGACGACAGAUCCUCUCAGCCUUCCUGGAGUUCGAGGCCACCGAGGAGGCCCAAGUCGAGGGCUUCCUGCGGCCCAUGACUGACGACCUCCGAGAAACGAUGUUCGAGAUUGAAGCCGUGCUUGUCCGGCUCCUGCCACCUUACAUGGUGCCCCAUCUCUGGUUUCCCUUGGCUACAAUGCCAAAGUCCGCCUCUGGUAAGACUGACCGCAAAGUGCUGAAGCAGCUCUGCAAUGGUUUAUCCAAGACCGAGCUUCAGCCAUAUUCUCUCGCUAGCGGUAGCAAGAAGGCUUUGGAGACACCCAUGGAAAAGAAGAUUGCAGAGCUUUGGAGUGCCCUCUUCAAGGUGUCUGAUUUUGGUGCCAACAGCAACUUCUUCCGUGUCGGUGGUGACUCCAUUGAAGCAAUGAAGCUGGCCACUGCUGCUCGUCGUGAAGGCCUGUCUCUGUCUGUUGCCGAUAUAUUCAACAACCCCAAACUCAGUGACAUGGCACAGACUGCCGUCGCAGCUGAAGGUGCCUCUGCUGUACCGAAGUAUGAGGAACCCUUUAGCCUGGUCGGCGGCGUUGAAAAUGCUCGCUCGAUUGUACAGAAGCAUAUUUCAAGUGAGAAGUUUGACCUGGUCGAGGAUGUCUAUCCUUCCACCUCCCUGCAAGAAGGUCUUCUUGCUUUGACUACCAGCCAAGCCAAUGCAUAUGUCCUCCAGGCUCCAUUCAAGCUACCACCACACAUUGACUUGGACAGUUUCUGCAAAGCCUGGGACCGGGUCGUUGAGUCGAACCCUAUUCUCCGUACUGUCAUCAUCUCCACUGAGACUCACGGCACAUGCCAGGUUGUCCUGAAGCAGGCUAUAAGGUGGGGUCAUGCUUCGACACUAACACAGUAUCUCGCGCAAGACAAGGAGAAGCCUAUGACUUACGGAACACCACUAAGUCGUUAUGGUUUGACAUUGGAUAGAUAUUUCGUCUGGACCGCGCACCACUCUCUCUAUGACGGUUGGAGUUUCGCUCUGAUGCUAGACGAACUGGAGAAGAGAUACAAGGAUCAAUCCGAUUCAAUCUCUCGCCCUCUGUUUGCUGAGUACAUUCAGUUUUUGCAGCAGCAGAGCAGUGUAGACGCCAUCGCAUUCUGGAAAUCUCAACUUCAAGAUGCUUCGCCAACCGUCUUUCCUCAACUUCCCAGCUCCCUUUAUGAGCCAGAUGUGGACCGGGCGUUCACGUACAAUCUUGAGAUCACUGCCCUCAAUAGCCAGUCAAAUGUGACGCCAUCCACACUGCUUUCCGCUGCCUGGGCUCUUACGAUCGCCUUGUUGACCAAUUCUUCCAGUGUUACCUAUGGAUCAACUCGCAGUGGCCGGAAUGUCAAUCUUGCUCAAGUCUCUGAACUUAUGGGGCCUACCAUCGUCACAGUGCCAAUGUCCAUUGCGAUUGAUCCGUCCAUGUCAGUAGGGGAUUUCCUAGCUCGAGUGCAGAAUCAGACAACGGAAGCCAUUCCAUUCGAGCACUUGGGUCUUCAGAAUAUCAGCAAGAUAAACCCCGCCUGCAAGGCCGCUUGUGAAUUCCAAAACCUGUUCGUUGUUCAGCCAGCGAUGGUUGGUGGAACUGCGCUCGGAAUGGAGCGAGUUGAGGUUCCCACCAAGGGAUUGCAUACAUAUGCUCUGAACGUGGAAUGUAUUCUCACCGAGGAUGGCCAUACCACCUUGAAUUUCGAAUAUGACAGCAAGGUUAUCCAGGGCUAUCAGGUGCAACGGCUCGCCAAGCAGUUCCAUCAAGUUGUUGAUCAAAUUUGCAAUAAUGAAGCCGACCUUAAGGUCGGUGACGUCGAGGCGUUCAGCGCAGAGGAUGAGAAACAAGUUCGCCAGUGGAAUGCCACACCUUACCCGGAGGUCACCAAGUGCGCGCAUCAUCUCAUUUAUGAGCGAGCUCAGCUUCACCCCGCGCAGUUGGCCGUUACGCAAUCCGAUGGUGUCAGCUUAACCUUCGGGGAGCUCGACAGCCUAUCUACUUUCUUCGCUCACCAUCUGUCUACUCGUGGCAUUGCCCCUGGUCAGAUUGUACCAAUCUGUUUGGAGAAAUCCGUUUGGGUCGUGGUCGCUAUGCUCGGAGUAAUCAAGACUGGUGCAGCCUUUGUCUGCCUAGAUCCCUCUUCCCCACCCAGCCGAAUGCAAGUUAUUCUGGAAGACGUGGAGUCGGAGUUGAUCGUUGUUGAUGCGGAAACAACCGAGAUCUUUAGUGGUCACUCUAGCCUCUUCGGCGCCCUGAAUGCCGUUGAGAUAGGCUCUGAAGCGCUUCAGGCCAUCGGCCAUCCCGCAGGCGAUUUCGAGGUCAAGGGAAGCCCUCGCGAUCUAAUGUACGUGAUUUUCACGUCCGGAAGUACCGGCAAGCCCAAGGGUGUCAUGAUUGAACAUGCUUCUGCCUGUUCAUCGUUUGUCUAUCAAGGCCAGGUAUUUGGCUACAACGACGAGUCGCGGGUUCUUCAAUUCAGUGCGCUGACUUUUGAUGCUUCGCUCAUGGAAAUCUUUACCACCCUUUGCGUGGGCGGCUGUGUUUGCUUCCCCACUGAGGAAGAAAAGCAAGGAGACAUCGUGCACGCCAUCAAUCACAUGCGAGUCAACUCUGUCAUGCUUACUCCCACAGUGCUGCGAAUGAUUCAGCCUGACGACAUACCCUUGGUCAAGCAUGUCGUGACGGGUGGUGAAGCAGUGGGUAACGAUGUUGUGCAAGUUUGGAGUGACAAGGUCACUCUCAAGGGUGUCUACGGCCCUACAGAGACCUCCAUGAUUUGUGUGACAGUCGAUCUUGUUCCUGGUAGCUCUCCGGCCAAUAUCGGUGUGCCUCUGGGCUGUCAAAGCUGGAUCACUCUCCCGGAUGAUCACAACCGCCUCGCGCCCAUUGGUUCGGUUGGCGAACUUCUCAUUCAAGGCCCCAUCGUGGGACGCGGAUAUUACAAGAACCCCAAGCAGACUGAGGAGGUCUACAUUGAGAAUCCUACUUGGCUCCAACAGCGAUUUGAAGAAACAGGUCGUCUGUACAAGACAGGUGACUUGGUCUACUAUGCCAAAGAUGGGAGCUUGAUGAUCGUGGGAAGAAAGGACGCCCAAGUGAAGCUUCACGGUCAGCGCAUUGAGCUGGGAGAAAUCAAUCACAAGAUGUGGUCGCACCCAGCUGUGAGACAAUCAUCGGUUCUGCUGCCCCAGCAGGGUCUUCUCAAGAAUCGCCUUGUUGCUGUCCUCACUCUUGAGGGCACCGAAGAACAGAUCACCCAACCCGAGCCUCUGCGGCCGUUAUCUGAAGAAUGGAAGCAAUACUCCAAUUUGCAGAUUUCUAGCAUCCGGCAGACUCUCAGAGAGAACCUCCCAUCAUACAUGGUGCCCACUGUCUUUGUGGCAGUAGAGCAGAUGCCGAGACAGACCUCUGGCAAAGCAGAUAUAAAGCAGGUCAAGAAAUGGGUUGAUGAGCUGGAUGGCGAGAUUGUGGAGCAGAUCCUUGAGCUCGAGGCGACAGCUGGAUCCGCGAUUCCUGCCAACGAGACGGAAGGUGCAAUCCAAGCCAUCAUCUCUAAGGUCCUGGAUAUUCCGACAGAAAAGAUUGUUCUCAAUCGCUCGUUCAUCAGCUUCGGUGGUGAUUCUAUCACUGCCAUGAAAGUGAUGAACCGGCUGCGAGACGCAGGAAUGAAGCUCAGCAUCAAGGAGGUUCUCCUGACUGGAUCGAUCUCUGAGCUCGCCGCCAUGGUAGCAGCCAAGCGUGAGCAGGCCUCUGCGCAAGACGAGGUCAAGUCUGCCUCCGAAAUGCUUGUACAAUCUCAGAAGAGAUACCCGUUGCUACGCCUUGAGGACAGCCACAUCGAAACCAUCCUAGAACAGCGCUUGUCUAGUGUGGGUUUCACAGACUUGAAUGCUGUAGAAGAUGUGUACCCAUGCUCUCCUCUCCAGGAGGGUAUUCUACUAGCCCAAACUAAGGGAGUAGGAAGUUAUAACGUGGACAACAUCUAUGAGAUCCGACCAAGGAACCCAUCAGAUCAAGUGAAUCCGCACCUGCUCGCUGACGCCUGGAAAGCAGUCGUUGGUCGCCAUCAAAUCUUGCGCACUAUCUUCAUCGAGGGUCUCGAAGAGAGUAGCGCAUUCGACCAGGUCGUCCUGCGCAAGGCUCACAAUGAACCUAUUGUCAUCGAGGGUGUCAACGGCAGCGCCAAAGACUUCUUGCACGGUCUUGCUGCUCCCAAGUUCAAGUCCCUGGAGCCUUGGCUCAGUCUCACUAUCUGCUCUGAUGCUAGUGGGUCCGUCUGCUGUGCAAUCCGGAUGCACCACACCCUGUUUGAUGCAGCAUCUAUGGACAUCGUUCUCCGUGAGGUCGCUCAAGCCUACCAGACAAGCCUCUCCAGUCCGGCUCCGCUUUACAGUAAUUACAUCUCCUACUUGCAGGAGCAAGAGGAAAACAAUGCGAUUGAGUAUUGGAAGACAUACCUCGACGGGCUGGAGCCAUGCUACUUCCCCAGCAUCAAUCAGGAUGCAAUGGGAUUGAGAAAGCCGCAGUCACUGCAAUUCAAUGUCCCCGGUUUCCGCAGGAUUGCUGCUUUCUCGUCCAGAAAGAGUCUGACCAUUUCCAGCGUUCUGCAGACCGCCUGGGCACUUGUGCUCCGUCAUUAUACAAGCGCGGGAGAUGUUAGCUUCGGAUAUCUUUCCCAUGGUCGUGAUAUCCCGUUGGAUGAUGCUGAAAGCAUUGUCGGCCCCAUGAUCAAUAUGAUGGUUUUACGCGUUGUUUUCUCGGAGGACAAGAAGCUGAUCAAUAUUCUCGAGGGAGCUCGCGACGAUGUCCUGAACAGUUUGACUUACCAGCACUCCUCUCUGGCAGAGAUCCAUCAUGCUCUUGACCUCCAGGGAAGGUCAGCCUUCAACACAACACUCUCAUUUGCUUCUGCUGCUGCAGAUGCUGCGGAGGAUGUAAUCAGUUUUGAGAACCUUGCUGGUGGUGGUUCCACUGAGUAUGAUAUCGCGGUUAACGCUAGCGUCGUGGGCGAAGAGCUACAAAUCAACUUUAGUUAUUGGUUUUCGGCACUUUCGGACCAACAAGCAAAGGCUGUCGCUCAGUCGUUUUCGAACUUCAUUGAUAUCUUGACCCGCUCGCCGGAGGCGUCUUUGCGGGAAGUUGACUUCACCAGUGGUGCAAUGAAGGACCAACUUCUACGGUGGAACUCGACUCCUUACAAGCCUGUUCGCAACACAGUGCAUGAACUAUUCCACCGCGCUGCACUGAAGUACCCUCAGAACGCAGCAAUCUGCUCCACGGAUGGCAACUUUACCUACUCUGAACUGGACGAUUUAACUACGCGAUUCGCAGCCUUCCUGCGCGGUCGUGGGGUGGGACCAGAAGUUCUGGUUCCGGUUUGUUUCAAUAAAUCGUGCUGGACCAUUGUAUCGAUGUUGAGUAUCCUGAAAGCCGGCGGUGCUUGUGUGCCGCUCGAUCCAUCUCACCCGCCGGCUCGACUUCAGGAGGUCAUCUCCCGCUGCGAAGCAAAACUGAUCCUUGCUGCUCCUCAAUUCGUUCAGCGACUCACCGACAUGGCCUCGGAUGUUGUUGCUGUCACUGAUGCAUUGUUACAAAGCCUGCCCGAACAGGUAAACUCAGAGUUUGGCGAAGCUCAGCCUGAAAAUGCCGCCUUUGUGCCCUUCACCUCAGGCAGUACCGGUCUGCCCAAGGGCAUUAUUCUUGACCACAUGGGCCUGUGUACCAUGUUCCUCGCAAAUGCUUCGGUUGUGGGAAUUGGUCCGAACACACGCACCUUUCAAUACGCGGCCUAUACUUUCGACGUCAGUAUCGCAGAGACCUAUAUCACAUUGACACACGGUGGUUGUGUUUGCGUGCCAACCGAUGCCGAGAGAAUGAACGAUAUUUCGGGGGCUAUCACGCGCAUGGAAGCGAACUGGACCUUUUUGACUCCGUCAGUCGCUUCUUUGCUCAAGCCGGGUGACGUCCCCACCUUAAAAACCUUGACUCUAGGAGGAGAGGCAAUUUCUCGGGACCUCCACAACACUUGGGCCGACAAGGUUCGUCUCAUCAACAGUUACGGUCCUGCCGAGUGCUCGAUCUGGACCAGCAACCAACAGCUAUUUCCUGAAAGCUCUUGUGCUGAUAUCGGCGCUGGUAUCACCUGCUACUUGUGGGUCACCGAGCCCGAUAACCAUGACCGUUUGGUUCCUAUCGGGUGCGUCGGAGAGCUGAUUGUGCAGGGACCUAACCUGGCAAGAGGCUAUCUCAAAGACGAAGAGAAGACCGCGGCCGCCUAUAUCGACACUCCAGCAUGGCUGCGCAGCGAUACCCGACCGGCGGCCAAGCGUGUCUACAAGACCGGUGACUUGGUGAGACAUUGCCCUGACGGCCGUCUCGAGUUUGUGGGACGCAAGGAUACUCAGAUUAAGUUCCACGGUCAAAGAAUCGAGAUUGGCGAAGUCGAAUAUCAACUUCGUGCCAGGCUUCCCGAGAAUACCCAGGUUGCUGUGGAGAUGAUCAAGCCUCUCAGCCAGGGCAGCAGACAAAUCUUGGCUGGUUUUAUCGUGGUUGAAGGUACUGCCAAGGACUCCCUCAAAGGCUCUUCGGAUGACCCGGCGUCGUUCCUGAGGGACCCGAGCAGUGAAUUCAAAAACAUGGUGCGCCAUCUCGAGCAGUCGCUCGCGGAAACGCUACCAGCAUACAUGAUCCCAUCUGUCUUUGUUGACAUGAUCAAUAUCCCCCGAAACACGUCCAUGAAGAUUGACAGAAAGGCGCUUCGCAUUCUGGGAGCCAAUCUAUCUCUUGAACAGAUCGCGACAUACUCAUUUGCGCAAGGCGACAAACGGGCCCCGGAAACAGCGAUGGAAAAGCGCCUGCAGGAGCUCUGGGCCUCCGUCCUCAAGAUCAGCCCCGAGUCUGUUGGUGCUGAUGACAGCUUUUUCCGCAUCGGCGGCGAUUCCAUCGGUGCCAUGCAGUUGGUGUCUGCCGCUCGCAAGGCUGGUCUUUCCAUCACCGUUGGAGAUAUCUUCCAGCACCAGAAGCUAUGCGAAAUGGCCACUGUUGUCGCCGCCACUGAUGUCAUUGUCCCUACUCAGGUUGAGCCGUUCUCGCUGCUGCCAACCUUGGAAGAGGACCUCAUCGAUCUCGCAGCUUCAAAGGCGGGCAUCCAACGCAAUCUCCUACAGGAUGUCUAUCCUUGCACUCCGCUGCAGGAAGGCCUCAUGUCUCUCACUGCCAGAGACCACGGGCUGUACACUUUGCAGGCUGUGUACCGUCUGCCCAGCACGAUCAACAUUCAAGACUUCCAACUUGCCUGGAUGGCUGUCGCCGAAGAACUGGAUAUUUUGCGUACCAGACUGGUUGAUCUCGGCCGUCUGGGUUCUUACCAAGUUGUCCUGAGCCCUGCUAUCAGUCAAAUCCGGUGGACCUACGGCGACAACUUGACUGCCUACCUCCGCCAAGACCGAGAGAUUCCUGUCAGUUACGGUACCGCUCUCGCUAGGUAUGCCAUUAUCCGAGAAGAAGAACAGACCUAUUUCGUGUGGACUGCCCACCAUGCGAUCUACGAUGGCUGGUCCCUCGGCCUGAUGAUGGAUCUGGUUGAACAGAGGUAUCUGAAGAAGUCGACAACUCCCAGCCCACCCUUCAACAGAUUCAUCCACUGGCUCACCAACCUCGACAAGUCUGCCACUCGGCAGUACUGGAAGUCGACCUUCGACGCUUGCUCCGCACCGCAGUUUCCUUCGGUCCCCAAGAAUUACCGAACCAGGGCCAAGAGCGUCAUGACACACUCCAUCAGUUUGCCGCAGAUGGCGGACUCCGAUAUCACAGUGCCUACAGUUCUUCGCACCGCGUGGGCUCUCAACAUCUCUCAGUACACUCGCUCCGACGAUGUGGUUUUCGGUAUCACCCAGACUGGCCGCAACGCUCCUAUCGCCGGAACCACGGAGAUUGUCGCCCCCCUUAUCACCACCUUGCCAGUACGCGUUGUGUUUGACCAAUCGCAAACGGUCAAGAACCUUCUGCAGGACUUACAGAAGCAAAUGGUUGCGAUGAUCCCACAUGAGCAUGUUGGUCUCCAAAACAUCGCCAAGUUCAGCCCCGAGUGCCAGGCCGCAUGCAAAUUUGAGAACCUUAUCCUCAUCCAGACUCAGCAAGAUCAGAUGAUCUCUCCCAUUGGUUUGGAGCGGAUUCCUGUCACGGACCUUGACAUUCCCGCUUUUGGCAUCGUGGCUGAAUGCGAGGUUGCAGACGGGCAAGUCCUGGUCUCAGUUGGAUAUGACAGCAAUGUGGUAUCUGAAAAGCAAAUGUCGAACAUCCUGCACCAAUUCGACUUCCUUGUGAACCAAAUUGGUGGCGGAGACGCGAGCACCAAGCCAUUGAAGGAGGUGCAGCUUCUGGGUGAUAAUGACAUCCAGAUGCUCGAGGAGCUGAACCAAUCGCCUGAUGAUCGUGUUUACCGAUUGGCUCAUGAGCUGAUCCACGAGCGCGCUCGGCUGCAGCUGGAGGCAAUCGCAAUUGAUUCCCAGGAGGCCCAGAUCAGCUAUGGCGAGCUUGACGAUCUUUCCACCCGUCUGGCUUACUUCUUGACUGGGCUUGGCGCUGGGCCUGACAAAAUCAUUCCCUUGUUCUUCCAGCGAUCCCCUUGGGCGAUGGUGGCCAUGCUUGCUGUGAUGAAGAGUGGCAGUGCGUUUGUUUUCCUCGACCCAGGCCACCCGGUAGACCGUCUCGAGUUCAUUCUCCAGCAGAUUGAUGCCAAGUUGGUCCUCACCUCCCCUGACUUGGAACCAACCUGGAGAGGCAAGCUUGCAGUCUUCUGCAUCACCCCCGCCUCGCUUGAUACGCUUCCUUCUCAUGGCGAACCCCCCGUGACUGCAGUGACACCAGACAAUAUCAUCUACUGCAUUUUCACAUCUGGUAGUACCGGACGACCUAAGGGAUGUGUGAUCGAACACUCGAACUUCCUCAGUGGUGCCGUCCACCACGCGCGCCGGUCCCGCAUCUCGCAGUCUACACGGAUCAUGCAAAUUGCUCCAUACACCUUCGACGUUAGCAUUCUGGAAAUGCUGACUGGGCUAAUUGGUGGCGGCUGCAUCUGCCUUCCUCGAGAUGUUCAUCAUGGUUCUAAGGUCUCUGACAUCAUUAACGAUCUCAACAUCAACUGGACCUUUAUGACACCCUCUGUCGCCCGCACCAUCGCCCCCUCAGAUGUGCCGAGCCUGCGGACCCUAAUUCUCGGUGGUGAAGCAUUGGCUAAGGUUGACAUCCAGACCUGGGCCGGCAAGCUGCAUCUGAUCAAUGGAUAUGGGCCCAGUGAAUGCUCCGUCGCGGUGGCUGCCAAUGAAGUCAGCGAUCCCACAGUUGAGCCUGCCAACAUCGGUUGCAAGAUGGGUUGCAAUAUCUGGGUCGUGGAUCGCGAAGACCAUGACAUUCUCCUGCCCAUGGGCGCCGUGGGCGAGCUGCUGGUUGAAGGUGCCAUCGUCGGACGGGGCUACCUCCACGAACCCGAAAAGACCGCCGCGGCUUUCAUUGAAAAUCCCCGUUGGGUGCAGCUCUUGCCCAGCACAAAGUCAUCGGCAGCUCCUCGCCGGUUCUACAAGACGGGAGAUCUCGUCCGACUUAACGAGGACGGCACGAUCCACUUCAUCGGCCGCAAGGACACUCAAUUCAAGCUCCGUGGUCUGCGUAUAGAGAUGGGCGAUAUUGAGCACCAUGCUGGUACAUUCCCCAGCAUCAAGCAUGGCGUCGUGGCGGUGCCACGUGCCGGACGCAUGAAGGAGAGUAUUGUCGUGGUAUACACGCUUAACGGUCACGACGACUCUCAAGAGGUUUCAGAUUUGCGCCCCUUGUCUCUUGCUGAUCUAGAGCUCAGCCUGAUGUCUCCUGGUCAGCUGAAGCAUCACCUGGCCACUCAUCUUCCGCCCUACAUGGUCCCCAAGACCUUCAUCGGCGUGGGCACUCUACCUCUCCUCGCCUCCGGCAAGAUCGACCGCCCCAAGCUUCAGAAGUGGCUUGAGAACAUGGACGACUCCACCAAUGAACUAAUCGCCGCUCAGAGCGGUAUAACAGCGAGUCAUGAAGCGGCGCCCAUUGAUCCGGCUGACACCCUCGCUCUGACCCUCAGUGAGUCCAUCAGUGAGCUGUUGGCUGGCGAUGACGAGGCCUACCUCGAAUCGCUUCAAGGUCGCAACAUCAUUCUGUCGCAGAGCGGAUUGAACUCCAUCACCGUGGUCUCGCUGCGUGCGAUGAUCCGUGACAGAUUCGACGUGAAUCUGUCCCUUGAUCGUCUCAUGGACAGCACCGUCAGUAUUCAGGAUGUGGCACGCAUGAUCGAGCAAGGCGACGACGCUACCGACGAGCAAGGAAUCGAUCUUCUCGCAGAGGCCGAUGUCAUGAUGGAAACCCUGAUUGCCGAAGCGUCGGACGUGGAAACCCUACCUCUGGCCACCGACCGAGCUGAGCGGGUUCUUCUCACAGGCGCCACGGGCUUCCUUGGCAGUGAGAUUCUCCGGCAGCUUUUGGUCAACUCCGACAGUCGCACGGUGGUGGCCAUCGUUCGUGCACGAGACGAGCAGCAUGCUAUGGAAAAGAUUGUUGCGUCGGCCACUGCAGCGCAAUGGUGGCAAGAGGAGUACCGCUCGCGGGUGAGCGUCUGGGUUGGCGAUCUCGCCGCGCCGCUUCUCGGUCUGAGCGCCGCACAAUGGGCGGCCAUCAAGGGCCGCAGCACCGAUGCCAAGUCGCACAUUGAUGCCAUCAUCCACAACGGUGCCAUGGUUCACUGGGGUGCAGACUAUCACCGCCUACGCGCAGUCAAUGUUUUCAGCGUGGUCUCCCUAUUGGCUGCCUUGACGCACUCGCCUGCCCCUCCUAGUUUCACUUUUGUGUCCGGCGGCCACGUCCCCCUGGACGAGAACAUUACCGACGAGAUGUUGGCCGCCGAGCUGGCCCACGCGACUGGAUACGGCCAGUCUAAGUUCGUGGCCGACCUCGUGGUGAAGCGCUUUGCCCAACGGUACGCGACGACGGCGGUGUCAAUCGUGAAGCCAGGUCUCAUCGUGGGCACUGCCCAGUCCGGCGUGUCCAACACGGACGACUUCCUCUGGCGUGUCGUGGCAACUGCCGUGGAAACCGGUGGCUUCAACGCAGAAGAGCCGGAGAAUGUUAUCCUCCUAGCAGGUGCCCAGCAAGUUGCCUCCAUCGUGAUUAGCAACCAACUCUCCAGCAAAGAACCGCGUGGCAUCGAAAACAGGGUCCGCCUCGCGGUGACGACGCAGGAGCUCUGGCGUAUGCUCGUCGACGACUUCGGCUACGCUCUACAACCGAUGGGCCCAGCCGAGUGGCUCGAGUCCAUGAAGGCAGCGGUGCAUGCCCAGGGCGAAUCUCAUCGCCUGUGGCCCGUCCUGCACUUCCUCGAGGCCGGCGGUGGCUACAUGGGCCAGCCCGUCGCGGCUGGUCAGCCACAUGGCGCCGAGCCAGGGCCCCAGAAGAAUGAACUGCUGGCGUCGUUGCGCAAGAGUAUCACCUACAUGCGCCAGAUUGGCUAUUUCCCUGGUGCUGAGGCCACUGUUUCACAGAAGGUGGUGUUUGGCCGCACAAAGGCGUGA